GUAUGCUUUAAUUGUCAAUGCAGAUAAGAAACAGCAAAGUGGAAACAAGAAAAUCUUAUCAAUAGAAGAAGUUUUAAUUAAAAAGUAGCACGAUUAAGAAAAUUUUAUUUUUGGUUUAUUUUGUUGGAGUAUUUUAAUUUGAGAACAAGCAAAUUAUUGUGGACUUGAUGAACAUUAGUUUAUUGAUGAUAUAAAUUUGGAGACACAACACCAAGAUACAAAUAUCAAAUAUAGAUCGUUUUGAUUUGACCAUAUGUUUUUGUGCUUUAAUUUCUAGAUAAACCAUUCCUCAAUUACAGAGCAUUAUAUUAUCUCUAUGCUUUUUUUCAUUCAAAAACAAUCUUUCGACUAUUCUGAAAAGUGUGAAAUUGCUUAAAAAAAUAAAGAAUUUAUCAAUCACCAUUAUUUUCAUAAUUUUACUCACAUCCUAUUUAUUCACUUAUUUAUAUCAUUCAUAUGAGUAAACAUUUACACUAUUUGGGACUUUUAGCAACACUUGCAUAACAAUGUUGGAAAUAUUGACCUUAGAUGUAUUUUUGUUAUGAAAUAAAUCUAGUCGUGGGGUUCAAGAGGAAGAAUUCUAGAAUAGUAGGUAGGAUAUACAGGGAUCCCGUCGAUAAUCAUAUGUGCUUAUGUGUUUUUGAUGAAUUACUUUUAUAUGAAUAUUCUGAUAGGACUAAUUUUGGAGACUCUUUAAUUGGAGUAGAACCAAUAAUUGGUUCAGGUGAAUUUUCUAGAUGAACACGAAAUCAAAGAGCAGAAGAUAAAUAAAAAACUAUCUGAUAAUACUCAUAUUUGCAAUUUAAUGUUAGGAUAAUUUUAUUAAUAAAUUGUAAUGGUGUUUAGCAUAGUAAGUGUGAUAUUUAACAUUUAUAAUAAUUUUGUGAUUGUAGAUACUAUGGGUAAAUUGUUUGAUGCUCUAGAUGAUAUUUUAUAUUCUAUUCAUUUUAUAUUUUUAUUGUUUCUAGAUGUAUCUUUAAAUCAUUAUCAUAAAAGAAACCACGCAUAUCGUAUGAGAGAUCAAAGUGGGAACGAAUGUUUCUCCAUUUUAUAGCAGGGCCAUUAGCAUUAUUUUUGUCUCAUGAUUUAGCUUGUCUUUGCAAUCUAUGUAAACUAGCAACUACUCCUAUUGUAAGAGGGAUAUUUUCAGGGACAAUAUCAAUAUUUCCUAUAUUGUUUCCGAUUAUAACAGUACUAUUGGCUAUAAUUCUGUUGAUGGCAGUUUAUACGAGCAGAUUCUAUAGUUCAUUUAUUGGUUUUAAAGGAGAGACCUAUUACUCAUCUCUGCAAUAAGCCUUUUACACUUUUGUGCAAUUGCUCACUUUGGAUGGUAAUCAUAUGAGAUAUUUUUAGAUUGGGAUGCAAAUGUCCUUCCAGUGUUUGAAUCCCAACAAAUAAUUAUGCCCUACAUCCUAUUUCCAUGUUUUAUCAUAGUAUCCAAUGUGAUAUUACUCAACAUAUUGAUAGCAUGUAGUUGCAAAUACUUUAAAGAGAUUGACUACUCCAUAAAUUGUUAGAGUCUGAAUGAAGCCCAUCCUGAUAAUUUAUUAGUUAAAUUAAACAAAGUUGCUGAAUUGUAAAUUCCAAUCAUCAUUUGCAAUGUCCCCAAUACAAUAUAAGAAAGUCACAUAUGUCAAAGAGAAGGACUAGUUUAAAUUUGUUAUAAUAAUAAAAUAAUCAAUGCAUUGUUGGUUAGAUAAUGA